AUUGACUGCAGUUUGUUUAUCGACGCUACGGAUUGCACGUUUCACUUCCUCAACGGGCAAGUUUUUGCUGGGAAAAAUGGCGUUCAUGACGAAUGCUGUCAUUGUGUGUGUGACUGCAGUUCUCGUGGUUUACGUGCCGGAGCUGUGGACCAAAACUCGUCCUAUCAUCACUGGAGGAACCGUGCAGCAAGGAUUUGAACCUGUAGCCAAACUGUUCAGGGAGAACUUCGAGACUGGAGUAGAAUACCCAACAGGUGGUUCUGCGUUCUCAGUUUACUACAAAGGAUCCAAGGUAGUGGACAUAUGGGGAGGCUAUGCAGACACCGAGGCUGACCGGCCCUGGAACGAGGACACCUUGACCGUGGUGUUUUCCACCACCAAAGGUAUGGCGGCGCUUUGCAUUGCCAUGAUGGUUGACAGGGGUCUCCUAGAUUAUGACAAGACUGUGGCUUCCUAUUGGCCAGAAUUUGCCCAGAAUGGAAAGGAAAACAUCACAGUGCGCAUGCUCAUUAAUCACCAGGCCGGUCUAGCUAACAUCACGGACGACGACACGCUACAUCUCUUGGGGGAUCAGGAUGCGUUGGGCGAAUUCUUGGCGCGGCAUUCCCCAGAAUGGGAACCUGGCACCACUCUAAGAUACCAUGCUUUUUCAUUCGGUCUGUAUGCGAGCCAGCUAUUGAGACGUGCCGACCCCAAGCAUAGGACCCUGGGCCAGUUCUUCAAGGAAGAGAUCGCUCAACCUUUCGGUAUUGAUUUCCACAUCGGCCUGCCUCUGGAGUUGUACCAUCGCUUCCCACGUUUGAAGGGAGCCAGCCGGUACAUGUGGUUCAAGGAGCUGAUCACCAACCCGGUCUUCGGAAAGAUAAUGUGGCAAAGCCUGGCCAGUGGCCUUAGCGCGUCUCUGAAGCCAAUACAGUUUGAAGAUUACAUGAGUCCCGAGAGACUGAUUCUUGAACAGCCGUCGGUGUCUGGAGUAGGGACGGCUCGUGCUAUUGCCAAAGUCUACGGGGUAUUGGCCAAUGGUGGAACCACAACCAAGGGUCAAAGGUUGCUCUCUAAUGAUGUCAUAAAGGAGAUUAUCGCCGAAAAAAGAACUGACAAAUCUUUCCAGAAGCCGACCGAAUUUCCGAUUACCUUCAGCCUAGGUUUUGUUAAAUCAGAGUAUAAGGGGGCUCAGCGAUUCGGCCACUCAGGAGCAGGGGGCAUGCACGGCCUUGCCGACCCGCAACGCAGGCUCAGCCUGGGCUACGUCUCGAGUUACUCUUUAGUCUUUCUUGGGAGGGGCGAUAAACGCUUUGAACCGCUGCAGGAGGAAACAUAUCGGUGUAUUGAGAAAUUGGAGUCGACAUAAAGUCUCUGUCGAAGUCGAAAAGGCUCAGAAAAAUUUCUUUGUCGACCCAUUUCGGCUCUGUGUCGUUCGGUAAUGUUUCAAGAGUACGUUUUGUAGUUUUGCUGCUGUAGAAUUCGUGUGUUCAACAAGGCCUCCCCUGCUGUCGUUGCACUUAAAUCUUGACGUAGUACGCAACACAUAGACUCCAUGUUCUACCAGUUCAAUAAAUACAUCCACAUGCCAGGUAUUCUGACAAAAUAUCCAAUAAUAAAAACCUUGUCAAUUGUAGAACGGCACUCUAUUGUUAUUGAAACGUCCUUUUGCGUCAUGGAGAACCUAUGGGUAAAUUAAAAUUACACGUUAAAAAGCAUUUGCAACGUCAUUAAAUAGAAGCAAUUUAAGUAUAAUAAUGGACAACAGUAAUUCCGUAAUUCAGUUGACAGUGCCCUUACUAAUAAAAGGGAUUCAAAUACACGGAUAUAAUAACGAAUUCACGUAACGGUUAUUGAAAGCGAAAGCCCCUAGGGUCCAUGGAUGCUACAGUAGCUAAUAAAUUAUUUAAAAAUAUUAAUUACCGUACGAUAAGAUAUGCUCUUAGUCAACGCACUCAAGUGUGUAAACGCCUUCAAUCGUGGACUCCCUAUUGUUCCUCUUUUGUUCAUACUUUCACUUUUUCGGAAGACCUCCCACAUGUUUUGUACACGUUUUCCAACCGUGGACUCUUCGGCAACCGUGGACCCAAUUGUCCCCUAUUGUUGUAGGUCCACGAUAGAAGGCGUUUACACACUCAGGAACUCCACUAGUUAGGCAGAAUAGGAUUUUUUUAUUUAGGCUUUGUAUAAGUAAUGAUAUAAUGGUGCAGCUAUACGUAACAUAAUGCAUGUAAUUUCACUUAACUUUUGUUUCAUCUCUUUUUUGGAUUGUAUGCCGCUCUAGAAGGAAAACUAUCAAACAAAAUUUCCAGUUCAUUUUUAAUUUGCUGCUACGCAAUAUUCCACAGCACGUACAUCUCAGUAACACUAGUUCCACUCGCAUAAACACAUUUAUAGUUAAAGAAUCAACUUUACAAGGUGCGCAAAAUUCUCAAUAAAACUGUUUUUCUUUGAGACAAAGCCUUAA